AGGCAGAGCAGGGUGAGCCCUGGGGGCCCCAGGCCUCAGGAGCCGGGGCGGGGGGCGGGGCUGGGGGCCCUGGGCAGGCUGUGCCGUGGAGGUUGGAGGGGCAGCGGGGGUGCUGGGCAUGGGGACGAACGCCCCAGGCGCCUUCUGUUUCCAGGGCGGCUCUGCGGGCAUGGAUGUGUUCCAGAAGGUGGAGAAGAUCGGAGAGGGCACCUAUGGGGUGGUGUACAAGGCCAAGAACAAGGAGACCGGGCAGCUCGUGGCCCUCAAGAAGAUCAGGCUGGAUUUGGAGACCGAGGGGGUCCCAAGCACUGCCAUCAGGGAGAUCUCCCUGCUCAAAGAGCUUAAGCAUCCCAACAUCGUCAGGCUGCUGGAUGUGGUGCACAGCGAGAAGAAGCUUUACCUGGUGUUUGAGUUCCUCAGCCAGGACCUGAAGAAGUACAUGGACUCCACCCCAGCCUCCAAGCUCCCCCUGCAUGUAGUCAAGAGCUACCUCUUCCAGCUGCUGCAGGGGGUGAACUUCUGCCACUCGCAUCGGGUCAUCCACCGAGACCUGAAGCCCCAGAAUCUGCUCAUCAAUGAGUUGGGAGCCAUCAAGCUGGCUGACUUUGGACUGGCUCGGGCCUUCGGGGUGCCCCUGCGCUCCUACACCCAUGAGGUGGUGACACUCUGGUAUCGUGCCCCCGAGAUCCUCUUGGGAAGCAGGUUCUACUCGACAGCUGUGGACGUCUGGAGCAUUGGUUGCAUCUUUGCAGAGAUGGUGACCCGCAAAGCCCUGUUUCCUGGCGACUCUGAGAUUGACCAACUCUUUCGUAUCUUUCGGACCCUGGGGACACCCAAUGAAGCCAUGUGGCCAGGAGUCACCCAGCUGCCUGACUAUAAGGGCAGUUUCCCCAAGUGGACCAGGAAGGGGCUGGAGGAGAUCGUGCCCCACCUGGAGCCAGAGGGCAAGGACCUGCUCAUGAUUCCGGGAGCGUCCAGAACUGGUUCUCAAGCUGGGAGGUACUGGCUUUGUGCCAUCUGGGUGUGGCGGCAGCUCUGCUUUGGGGCUUGGGGCCCUGGCCACCCCCGGGCCCAGUCUGUCUCUUCCUCCGCAGCAACUCCUGCAGUAUGACCCCAGCCGGCGCAUGUCAGCCAAGGCCGCCCUUGUGCAUCCGUACUUCUCGUCCACCGAGGCCUCCCUGGCCCCGCGCUAGUGUGUGCUGGAGGGUUUCUGCCGCUGAGAAGGUGUGAGGCCUCAAAGCCUCUCUCCAGCUGCUGCCCCCCUGCCUCCCUACUCACUUCCCAAGAAGGAGGACACAUCUGGGGAGAGAGCAAUUUGGCGUCAGCCGUCAGAGGGCUGAGUUUGGGUUUGUCCUGCCAGCAGGUUAGCGAGUUCCUGGGUUGUUUGUUGGGUUUGCCGGUGCCGUUUCAAGAUGGGGGCACAGAAGCGCCAUGCCCGAGGGGGUCCGUCAGAGGCUGGGUCCCCUGGCACCAGAAUGGCAGGUGCUAAGGAGAGUAGGAAACCUGCCCGGGCCUCCAGCAAGCCCUCCUAGUGCCCUUCCGCUGCCCGGCCCUCAGUUGCAGAGCCAGACCCCGGGGGAAAGAGUUUCUCCCGGCUGGUCUUCUGGAUUUAAAAUGUUUUGGGGAAGAGUUGAGUUCCAGUUAAGGGUCCCAAGUUAAACAGAAAGCGGGGUGAGGGAGAGAGGACAUUUUCCUGAUCCUGGGGUAGGCUGGGUGUUCUAACUAGUUGUCUCGUCACCUGGGAUAUGCUUAA